UGGGAGCUGGUGUCCGGUAAUGGUACACUGAUGAAUUCAAUGAAAUCACGAGCCCAUUUUGGAGAUAAAGAGGAAAAAAAAAAGUAUCAAACUUUUGAAACCACGAGAAAUUUACUGUAAAAAAGAGAGCGAAAGAAACAAAGUUGUCCCGUGCCACUGAUAGUUGGCAUGGCUGCCUUUCUUUUUCCUUCUGCAAACUUUAAAAUGGUUCACUUCUUAUUCAAAACAACACUCAAUAAAGCAAAGGAGAAAAAAGAGAGUAAAAGACACCCAAAGUUUCUCUCUGUAGUCUGUACUCUAUGGCUAUGGCAGAGCCCAAAAACAACGCACUUCCUUCAAAAAGAAAUCACCUUUUCUUUCCUCUAUAGCUUUAUUAUUAACAUACUCGAGAAAGAUAAAUAAAAAUCCUCGUUUUGUCUCCAAUCUCUGAUUCUUUUUUUCCUACUUUCCUUAUUUGAUUCUUCGUUUUUCUCAUUCAAGAUUCCUUCUUUCACUGUCUCGACCCUUUUGACUCACUUAUUUCAAGUUUUCUUUCUCUGGGUUUCAAUUGUAUUCAGUUCCUCUUCAAAUUUUCAGGCAAAAUUUCGAACUUUUUGAUUUGAAUGAAAGAAGAAAACAUGGGUGGUCUUAAUAGGGUGGAAGUGAUAAACAGAAAAGGCUGUUCAAGAUUGUUUGUUGGGUUCUCAUCUUCAAUGCCAUCAUUUAGAAGUUUCCGAUCGGUUGAACCAAUGUCCCCUGCUUCUACCUCCCUUGGCUCUGAACCAUCAACGGUUCGAUCCACUGGUCCGUUUUCUGGUCUGGUUAUUUGUGUGACUGGCUUAUCUAAAGAAGCAAGGAAACAGGUUAUGGAAGCAGCAGUGAGAUUAGGUGGUCAAUAUAGUCCUACUUUACAGCCUCUAUGUACCCAUUUGGUUGUCCAAAGCAUUUGCGGUCGUAAGUUCGAGCAUGCUCUAAAACAUGGAUCGAGAAACAGUCUUUUCGUCGUAACGCUCGGAUGGUUUGUCGACAGUGUCAAGAGGAAUGUUCGGUUAAGUGAAUCACUCUACACUGUGAAGGGUGUUGGAGACCAUAAAACGCAUGUAGAUGAGUUGAAUCGGCUCGUCAAGUCUCCAGCUUCUGAAAGUUCUUGUCUUCCUUCUGGUUUUCUUGAAGCCAUGAAGAUUGACAUGAUAGAAAAACCGAACUCGCAAUUUUCCCUAAGAGUCCCUAAUAAAAGUAUGGACUCGAUGCUAUCCGGCCAUACGGUGUAUGUUGAAUAUGAUAUUUCUGAUGAACUACGGAAUAAGGUUCUUGAGACUGUGUCUAAAGAAGGGGCCGCAACAGUUGACCGAUGGUUCGUUGGUUGCGGUGCAAGUCUUCUGGUGUGCGAACGGAAUUCUAUCCAUCGAUAUAUCGGCCAUUGUAACAACAUUGUUACGCCACUGUGGAUCCUUAGAACAGCUGAGGAUAGGAAUAUGCAGAAGCUUGUUCACAUGUCUGUUGAUUUGGCUAGGCAGAUCGGAACAGUGCUCGAAAAUUCCCAGAAUCACAUUGUAAGAGAGGAAAACAGUGUGGUUAAGUUCAUACAAGAUACUGAGAGCUUCAAAAGGAACACAAGCCGUAAAGAAAGGCAACAGAUUGUACAUUUAGCUAAAACCGGGGUUAGAAAUCGCCGCGGUCAUCAUAUGCAGACAUGUCAAACCCCAAUCCAUCCAAUAAGUCCAAGCAUUCUUCUGAAUUCAAUUUGCUGGUCAGUAUCAGAACCAACUUCAAAUGCUUCUAUUUACACCGACUCUUUUAGCAGCGAAGAUGUUAGUGAUCAUCAAUCCGUGUUCUUCGAUGCCAAUGGUGAUGGUAAGGAUACGGGGGCCUCAUUUAUGAACUUGACUCGGUCACUUACAGAGAGUGAGAAAAAUGAAUUGAUAUUUAGAAACCAGUUUCUUACCAUAUUAUUUCCGGUCGAUCGAUUUUUGGAGAUGGGGCCUUCUUCACGGACAUAUUUCAGCUAUAAUGGCUUUACUUGUUUACAGGUUUUGGAUUAUAUCUAUGCCUUUUAUCAGGAAAACAUGACCGCACAUGAAAUCGAGUCUGCAAUUCACACGGAUUCGAGGCAUGCGGACCGGCUUCGAGCAGUGUACUCGAGCAAGCAGGCAGUGGAAUGUGGAUAUGUGAUUUUCAAACGAAUUGACUUCUUAGGAAGCCGUAAAAGCUUUGAAAUGUUGAAGCGUGUUAGUUGGGAUGAUAGCAGUAAUGUAUAUAAGGUCUUAAUUAGAGCUUAAAAUGUUUUAUGCUAGAACCUUGAUGCAUGCCUUCAAUUACA